UGAAUAUUUUAAACAAAUAUUUUGCAAAAGUAUAAAAAUCUCAAAACGAUAAACAAAAUUAAAUCAGUCAUUAGAUUCACUCGAGAAACUGAACAUGAGAUAUCUGAUGUUAUUGACAUAUUUGUGUGCUCUACUGGUAUUUACUAAAGCUUCUCCCCUGCCUGAUGGUGGUGGAGGAGGUGGUGGAGGCGGCGGCGGUAUUGGUCGAGGUUGUAAUUGUGAGCCAGGUGGUGGUGGAGGAGGUGUCGGAGGUGGUGGGAAUGGAAAUGGACCGGGUGGUUUGGGAGGUGCUGCUGGACCUGAUUGUGUACGACCUUCUUGGCUGCCACCCUGUCCCUAAAUAAGUAAAAAAUUUACAAAAAAAUAACGACAAUUUCCAAAAAAAAUUGUUUCUUUUAAAUUCUCAUUUAUUCUGGACCCUUCAAGUUAAAUUUUAUGUUUCUCGGUUCAAUCUUUUAGACAAUUAAAAAAUAACAUUUGAAAAACACAAAAUUCCCCUUCAUAUUUUCUCAUUUAAUCAGAACCGACAAUGUUUGGUUCAAUAUUGUAGGAAUUUCAAAAAGUACCUUUUGUAGAGUGAAAAAGUACCAAAAUGUGUCUUUUUGAACAACGGAAAGGAUCGUGAAUAUUUAAUUUCAUGUAAUUCAAUUCCAUUUUAUAAAAACUUCAAAAAGUAUCACUUGCGGAGCGAAAAAAGUACCAAAUUGUUACUUUUUGAACAAAGAAAAAGCACCAAAUAGUUUCCUUUUUCAAAUUCUUAUACAGUCAGUAUCAUGAAUGUAUAUUUUCAUGUGAUUCGAUUGAAUAUUAAAGAAAAUUUUAAAAGUACCAUUUGAAUAAUGAAAAAGUACCAAAAUGUUGUUUUUUAAAUAACGAAAAAGUGUCGUCUUAUAGAUUCUUAUAUAAUAACGAUUCAUGUUUUUUUAUUAAAGAAAAUUUUAAAAGUACCAUUUGAAUAAGAAAAAGUAACAAAACGUUGUUCUUUAAAUAACGAAAAAGUGUCGUCUUAUAGAUUCUUAUAUAGUAACGAUUCAUGUUUUUAUUUAUUAAAGA